GCUUCCCAUUCUCACUUAUUUCUUCUACCUUGGACUAUAAGACUUUCAACCACACACUAACUUGGGGCACUGGGGAAAGGGGCGACCCCUCCCUUGCCCCCGUUGAUCCCCUCGUGCUGAAUCCACCCCUGGACAUAAGCCCCUGUCGCAACUGAAAAAAAGUACCUUGUAACAAGAAAGAUCUUUAAGUUCUUAGGAAUUUAAUCUAAAGUUACAUCCGCUUCAAUCUCAGCAUUGACGGUAGCAACUGGAAUCGUGGCCACUACAUGUAUUACUUGUGCGGUGAUAUGGUAUGGGAAGGAUAACAAACUACAGGGUUUGUUUUUCGAAAAGACUAGCAACAUGGAAAUGAACAUUGAAGACUUGAUCAGAUCGCAUGGAUCCCUGACUCCUAAAAGAUACAAGUACUCAGAGGUAACAUCUUUCCUCAGUAAUAAGCUUGGAGAAGGUGGCUAUGGUACGGUUUUCAAAGGAAGACUACAUGAUGGUCGUCUUGUUGCUGUGAAGUUACUGCAUGACUCCAAAGGAAAUGGAGAGGAGUUUGUGAACGAGGUUAUGAGCAUUGGCAGGACCUCGCAUGUUAAUAUUGUUUGCUUGUUUGGGUUUUGUUUGGAGGGUUCAAAACGAGCUCUUAUCUAUGAGUACAUGUCAAAUGGUUCUUUGGAUAAGUACAUUUAUUUAGAGAAUCCUAAAGGAACUUUAGGAUGGGAAAGGCUCUAUAAAAUUGCAAUUGGAAUAGCCCGAGGGCUAGAAUACUUGCACCAUAGUUGCAACACACGAAUUGUUCAUUUCGAUAUCAAGCCUCAAAAUAUCCUUUUGGACCGGGACUUUUGCCCAAAAAUUGCAGACUUUGGUUUGGCCAAAUUGUGCCGCGCAAAGGAUAGUAAGCUUUCAAUGCCUUGUGCUAGAGGAACAAUUGGCUUCAUUGCCCCUGAAGUUCUCUCCCGAACCUUUGGAGUUGUCUCAACAAAAUCAGAUGUUUAUAGUUAUGGAAUGAUGCUGCUAGAGAUGGUCGGAGGCCGGAAAAAUGUGAAAUCAAUGGUUGAAAAGUCCAGUGAAAAGUAUUUUCCAGAUUGGAUUUAUGACCACUUUGUUCAAGAUGAUGGAUUACAAGCUUGUGAAAUCACAAGUGAAGUCGUAGAAAUCGCAAAAAGGAUGACCUUAAUUGGUCUGUGGUGCAUACAAGUAUCACCUGUGCAUCGCCCUACAAUAACCAACGUUUUGGAUAUGUUCGAAAGGAUAGAUGAAUUAGACAUGCCACCGAAGCAAAACUUCUGCCAAAUACUCGAAGAUUCUGCUCACAAUUUGAGUGCAGAAAGUGCAAGUGCUACCAACUUAGUGUAGUGUAGGUUGAGGGAGCCUGGUGACUGAAAAAAAUUAUAAACAAAUCUCUGAGAGGGUACCU